AUGUUAGUCGCAGUUCCGUAUGCUUUUAUAAUAGCCGUGCUAGCGAACAACCGCGCUGUUGUCGAGGGAUUCAUCGUGAAGGAUGGAAACUGUACUCAAGCCACCGCUAACCUACCGUUCGUUGAAAACUUCGAGGUAGAAAAGUACCUCGGGAAGUGGUACGAGCUGGAACGGUACGAGCAGGACUACGAGCGCAACCUGGAGUGCGUCACGGCUGAGUACCGCAGCAGCCAACCGAUCGGCAUGCUGGAAGUGAAAAAUCGCGGAUUCUUGGCCAAAAACCAAACCUAUCACACGUUCUCCGGCCUUGGAGCGUUCAGUGAGGAUCCGGCGGCGGGAAAUGCCACGGUAGCAAAGCUAAACAUCACCUUCGGCAAAGCUCGCAACGCCAGCGCCUACUGGGUCGUGGAUACGGACUACAUCAACUACGCGAUCGUGUACUCCUGCACGACGUUCCUCGAAUCGGACCAAGCCGUCGAGGGCUACUGGUUGCUGGCACGCACGUCCAAGCUUCCUGACGAUCCGCAAGUGAUCGAGCGCGUCAAACACCUUCGAUCGACGUACUUCGAACCGUCGCACAUGCGUGUCACAAACCAAACCGAUGAGCUCUGCCCAACGGAACCGGGACUACCGCCAGCGCCGAGCUCAAUCAUUCUGCCACCACUAUAAGGAGAGAAGCGUGCACACCAC